GUGUCUCUCUGUCAGACCUUCACCAACACAAGACACAAGACUCUCCAGCUGUCAUUUAAAAUCAGCCUCCUUUAGGUUUGCCUGAUCAAACCCAAACCAUGGGAAUCGCCCUUUGUGUUUAACCAGACCUGAAGAAAUAUAAUCCAAAAAAGUGGAUACGAUGCUAAAUGACCACUGAGACUCAUGAAGAAUAAGGAAUUAAGAAGAGGAGAUGAAUGGAGCAUCCGCCCACACAGCAAGACAGAGCGUGAGUGAAGGUCGAUCUUAUUGUUCUUCCCCCCUGUGGCAAACAUUGUGACUAAUAACGAAGUGAGGCACGAUGAGUGGCCGUAUCUGGGCUGCAUUGCUCUUUCUGUUCGUGUGCUCAGAGCUCAGGGGAAGCAGUGCUCAACUAAAAAGAUGGAAGAGUGAGGAAACCGCAAGGAAAGAAAGUCAGGUGGAGCAUCUAGAUGUGGAGGAAAGGCAAAGUGAGAUGCCAUUUACCAACACAGCAGGAACACAACGUUUGGCAAAGAAAAAUGAGGAUAAUUUGAUGAUUUCACCAAAAAGCAACAAAGUCAAAACAGUGUCUUUAUCAGGACUGCAUCAUGCACAGAUUGAAGAAACUGCAAAAUCAGAAUUUGAAAUCAGAGUGACUCCAGUUUCGUUGUCUGGCACAAGUGUGAAUACAGAUUUUACUCCACAUAAUGAAAGUAAUUAUUAUCCUAAAUUCAAAGAUAUCCCUGAAAUCACAAAGACAACGGUAUCAACUCUAACCCAGGACUCCAAAAUAUCUAGAAUAUCUCACGAUCGUUUCGUUCUCGCUGAACUAACUCCUGCAGUAGAGGAAACUAAAACUGACAGAUCCACUUUGGAUGGCUCAUCAGAUACCAGCGUGAUACUUCUGAAGCCAGCAUCUGGGUUAAAUAGCAAACGGGAUGUGCAAACUAUAAUGAUGGGCAACCAGGAGUCAGACAGCAGUGGUGAUUUCCAUGGGACCUUUACUGGACCAAAUUUGGAGGAGAUGCCUUCACAAUCCCGCAGCCGAAGAAGCUGGAUCUGGAACCAGUUUUUUGUGAUAGAGGAAUAUAGUGGACCAGAACCGGUGCUGAUUGGACGGCUUCAUUCAAGUGUGGACAGAGGUGAUGGACGAACCAAAUACAUAUUAAAAGGCGAGGGGGCCGGUUCGGUGUUCGUCAUUGACAGCAGAACGGGCAACAUCCACGUCACCAAACCCCUAGACCGUGAGGAAAAGGACCAGUACCGCCUUAUCGCCACGGCAACAGACCGACAGACUGGCAGAGCCCUGGAGCCUUCAUCCCAGUUCAUCAUCCGUGUGCAAGACAUCAACGACAACCCGCCUGUGUUCCAGGGCGGCCCGUACAGCGCCACCGUCCCUGAGAUGGCCAACAUUGGCACAUCGGUUAUUCAAGUGACAGCCACAGAUGCUGAUGACCCAACGUAUGGGAAUAGUGCCAAACUUGUGUAUUCAGUGAUUCGUGGCCAGCAGUACUUCACCAUGGACCCGCAGUCAGGUAUCGUGCGCACAGCGGUGCCUGAUAUGGACAGGGAAGCUCAGGCGCAGUACCAGGUGGUGCUCCAGGCAAGAGACAUGGGUGGCCAUCAAGGGGGUCUGACAGGGACCACCACUCUCACUGUGCACCUCAGUGACGUCAAUGACAACCCACCCCGCUUCACUCAAAGUAUGUGGUCCUUUUCUGUCUCUGAACUGGCCAUCCCCGGGGUAGAGAUUGGUCGUCUGUCGGCAACAGAUGCAGACCUGGGUGAAAACGCUCGGAUGGAUUUUAUAAUCGUGGACGGAGAGGCAGGGGACACCUUCAACAUAACUGGAUUGAACCAGGAGGCUGUGAUUUUGUUAAACAAGGCCGUGGACUACGAGAGGCGAAGCACCUACUCUCUUGCGGUGGAGGUGCAAAACCCAAACGUGGACUCGCGGUUCCUCAGACGAGGUCCGUUCAAGGACCGGGCAAUGGUGCGCAUCACGGUUCUGAACGCAGACGAGCCGCCGAAGUUCUCCCGCUCGCGGUACCGGCUGGAUGUGUCGGAAAACUGCCCUCCGGCAUGUGUGGUGGGAAGAGUGGCCGCCGUGGACCCGGAUACAGGCCUCAGUAACAACAUCAAGUACUCAAUUGAUCCCGAGUCGGACCCCGAGGCGCUGUUCCGUAUCGCCUCUGACAAUGGCCUCAUCACCACCACCGUGGAAUUGGAUCGGGAACAGGAGCAAUGGCAUAACAUUACCGUCAUCGCCACACAGAGAGACAGCCCCAACCAAGUCACCAGGGCAGCGGUUGCCAUAGAGACGCUGGACCUCAAUGACAAUGCCCCCGAGCUGGACCGAGAAUACAACACGUCCGUGUGCGACUCCAGCGCUGCUGGACAGGUGGUGCAGGUGAUUCGAGCGACGGAUAAAGACCAAAGCAGCCACAACUCUCCUAUCCACUUCAGCAUUCCCGCAGAGUCCAGCAGCACGCUCAACUUCUCCAUCAGAGAGCGGGGAGACCACACGGCGAGUCUGGUGCUCUUGUCGUCCCUGAAGGCUCUUCCUCGCUCUUCCUCUUUGCCUACUCUAAAAAUACCCAUAAUGCUCCGUGACGGUGCGUCAGACCUCAGCAGCACAGGAACGAUUACCGUUACGGUGUGUCCAUGCCAAAACGGAGGCAUGUGGGCGGAAGAACGAAAACAACAAAUGGACGAGAAGGAUAAAGCGUCUGUGCCGGACUGGGAGAGGCAGGCGGUGUGUUUGCCUUCACCGUCAAACUCCCCGCUGCUGGGCGUCAGCUCAGCCGCCAUGCUGGCCAUCCUGGCCUGUGCGUCCACUCUGCUGGUGGUGGCGGCGCUCUCGCUAUCGUUGCGAAGGCAGAAACGGGACACUCAGUCUCCCGUGGAGGAUGAUGAGAUCAGGGAGAACAUCAUCACGUAUGAUGACGAGGGAGGCGGCGAGGCAGACACGGCCGCUUUCGAUAUCGCGACCCUGAAGAGCGCCCCCCAGAGCAUGCGCAGGGCACAGAGGCUUCAGGACAGCAAGAAUAUGUAUUCUCAGGAUAACUUGGACAGCAUCAGAACCUUCAGUUGGAGUCAGAGUUUGGGUUUGGACCCGCGCCGUCCCGUCUCUGCACCCCUCUACGGACGGUACUGCUACAGCAUCCAGACCCUUCCAGCUUCGAGAAACAGACUUGGCCCAUUCAACUCCAGGCUGGAUCUCGCCAAACUGGCAUACGUUCUUCCCGGCAGCCAAGGCCAGGCAGGCGGCCCUUUAGAAUCCGGUUCUGUAUUUAUCGGCAAGAGCAGGGAUGGAUCAGAACAUAAAAGAGCAGACGGAUCCACCGACAGCAUUCCGAAAGAGAGCGAGACAGGAAGUGAGCUCAUCUCUGAGAGCCACACACUCAGUCGGGAUCAGUCUGUGCAUUCGGACCAGGUUCUGUUCGUGAAGGGCUCCAGCCAGAGCGGUUCCUGCUCAGAGGCCUCCAGCACUUCUGUGAGCCAUAAACCCGAGGCCUCUCACUGCUUGACCACACGAGCCUCCAUUUCCACCAUCACCACAGACGACUCCACCCCCGCCUCGGCUUUGGACAAGAACGGGGAUGUUCCGCUCAUCAGCACCAGCCAGAGCUCAACCAGCCUGGGCACGACGGAGAUGCCGUUCAGAACGAUGGAAGGUACUUUGCUGAGGCGCGGUGGAGGGAUACCUUUGACCGGGACGACACUUCUUUACCCAGAAGCUGCUGGACUAAUGAGCUUGUACGGGGUGGGUGGGCAGAACUAUGUGCCACACAUAGUGAUGCCCCUCCCUGGAGGGGCGGGGCUAUAUGAAAGAGGGUGGGGCUUGGGGAAUGGGAAGGUUUGCCAAGCAAACUCUGAAAAGGCAGGUGCGGAUUCGUUGACAAAUCGUAUGGGCGAUUUCCUGCAGCACCGUCUAGCCCUGGUGACCUCUGACCCCAUGCAGCCACCAUACGACUCGCUGCAGACAUACGGAUUGGAGGGGGGUGGCUCACAGGCCACGUCUCUCAGCUCGCUCGAAAGCGAGGCCGAAAAAGAUACAGAGGGACAGAAACACAGAUUUGAGGAGUGGGGACCCAAGUUCGACAGGUUGCUUGAUAUUUUCAGGGAGCGAGCGAAAGAAAAAGAGGAUAACGAAAAACACCAGGGUGAGCGUUUAAAAGAAGAACAUCUGGAAGAGGAAAUGAACAAGACAGAAGAUGAGAGUGAGACAGAAACGAGAAAAGAGGAUGAAAAAACUGAUCUGAACGAGACACAGCGGGCUGAGGAGGAAUAGACAGAAGAAUUGGAAGCAAUGCACUAAACAGGAAAUGGGAGUAAUGAGGGAGGAUGUGAUGUCACAUCGUGAGCUUUCAAAAGCAAUAAGUGUUGAAAGGAGCCAAUGAGCACAAUCUGGACAAAGAGAAUUUUAUAUGGACCUGCCAAAAACCAGUAUGUCAGUGUUUUAGAGGAGCAGAGAGUCUUAUGUAAGUCACUCGCGUUCAUUUGACGUCCAGCCACACAUACAGUGCUUACGUUGUAAAAUACAAACGUCAUCUUUAUCUAAAUCUUUUACUUCUCAGAUUUUCAAUGUGGUCUCAGACUUUUAUAGCCAGGAUUAACAUGGUGAUCAGAUCACCAGUUGUUAUGGUCUCACGAUGUGAAAAAGAUGACAGACAUGGCUUUCUUACUAUCUGCUUGAU